GGGACCCCCAAAGUUCAUAGGGAAGCAGAAGCCAACAGAGUGAGAGGGAGGGAGCGAGCGUGAAUUAAUUAAAAAGAGGGAGAGGCGAUCCAGAGGUCAAACGAAGCGGCGGAGAUGGCGGUGAUGGAGAAGCUGAAGAUGUUCGUGGUGCAGGAGCCCGUCGUCGCCGCCUCCUGCCUCAUCGGCGGCAUCGGUCUCUUCCUUCCUGCUGUGGUGAGGCCCAUAUUGGAUUCUAUGGAAACUUCCAAGCAAGUCCCUCAACCUCCUAUAAAUGAUGUGGUUGCGGGGAUGACUGGUAAAAAGCAAGCGUAAGGUUGACCAUCGUGAAGCGCCCUCUCUGUGCUGUAUCUUCAUGGGCAGCCGAAUAAGUGUUUUGUUUCUUCAUUUUGUUGAAUGCUCUCCAUAAAUUUUCUCCAAUUGGAGCAGGAUUUGUAUUGAUGAUACGGUUCAUCUGAAGUUACUAUGAGUCUGUGGAGAUGUAUUAGGAUAAUUGGUAGUGACUGUUCACUGCAGACUUCUUCAUAGUUAUGAACUUCAUGCAAUUUGUGGAAGAAGAUAAAUUGUUCUUGAAGAAUGUUUGCUCAA